AUGGCAUCCGUUGAAGGGUCCGAACUUAGGCUCCUAGAGCUUUGUACCAAGGAGUCAUGGUGGCGGGUACCACACCUCAUAAGACUGAACAUGCUCCUGCUUGUACCGUUUUUCGCUAGCUAUGUGGGCGGUUUCGAUGGUAGCAUGCUUAACGGAAUCCAGACAGUCAAACAGUGGCAAGAAGACUUUGAACAUCCUUCUGGGGCUACUUUAGGUCUUUUGGUCAACAUGCAAGUUAUCGGUGGUGUAGUGUCUUUGCCUCUCGCUCCCUAUGCUGCGGACAAGUUCGGAAGACGGCAUCCCAUAUGCCUGGGGUCUCUUAUUAUUAUUAUCGGUGCAGUAGUGCAAGGCUGUGCCCAGAAUAUGGCUAUGUUCAUUGCUGGCCGGUUCUUCAUCGGCCUGGGCGGAGGGUUUGUCUCAACCGCUGCCCCUCCACUGCUUGGUGAGCUGGCGUAUCCGACACACCGACCUAUCAUUACCGCUAUAUAUAAUACUACAUGGUACGUGGGGUCUAUUGUUGCUGCUUGGACUACAUAUGGCACAUUUAGACUGCCCAGCAGUUGGAGUUGGCGCAUCCCUUCGCUCCUACAGGCCGCUGUGUCUGUUUUCCAAGGCACCUUGAUCUAUUUCGUGCCCGAGAGCCCAAGAUGGCUUAUUGCGAAUGGCCGAACGGCGCAAGCAACCAAAAUACUUAAUCAAUAUCACUGCGGAACCCAGGAGCCGACUGAGCUGGUAAGGCUUCAGGUGGCCGAGAUUACCAGCGCCAUUGAGUUUGAGCGCUCUUAUGACUCGGCUUCUUACCUUCAAUUCUUUCGGACAAAGGGUAACCGCCAUCGGCUGUUCAUUGUAGUCAGCCUUGGCUUCAUUAUCCAAUGGUGUGGCAACCAGCUCAUUUCGUCGUACCUCGCCCUUGUCCUCAAUGAUACAGGAAUCACCGACCCAGAAACGCAGAAUCUCAUUAACGGAUGCCUCCAAAUCUUCAAUUGGGUCAUUGCCAGCAGCUCUGCUACAUUCGUUAAUCGACUGAAUAGGCGAUUUAUGCUUCUCACAUCCAACAUUGGGAUGUUGAUAGCUUUUACGAUCUGGACUGCCCUCGCCGCCCGAAACCAACAACAAGAAGGCGGCAGCAAAGGACUCGGUAUCGGCGUGGUAGUGAUGGUGUUCGUUUUCUAUCUCUUUUACAACUUCGCAAUGAACCCUCUGCCCAUCGCCUAUCUGCUCGAGGUACUGCCAUACACUCUUCGUGCCAAGGGUCUUACUGCGUUCAACUUGGCACAAUUCUGCAGCGGCAUUUUCAAUGGCUUCGUUAACCCGGUAGCACUGGAAGCCCUGCGUUGGAGAUACUAUAUUGUAUUCGUUUGCGCGCUGCUAUUGUGGCUAAUCAUUAUCUACUUCACUUUCCCCGAGACGCGUGGUAUGACCCUAGAAGAGGUCAGCCAGGUCUUUGAUGGCAAUCAGCCACUUGAGAGAACAUUUAAAAUCAAGGACGAUGGCCUUGCUGAGGCUGGCCACACGGAGAUCAAGUUGUCGGAUGAUAAGGGGACAUGA